GAAUGGACUACGUCAACACUUCGAGCUUCUGGAAUUGAAGCAGUCUGCUGGUUCCACGGAUAUCUAAUUCCAAUGGCUCUGAAACGGCGGGCUACCACACAUGAACAACUCGAUGACUGAAACAUUAUGUUUGCACGAGACACGGAAGUACGCAUAGCUAGUGGUGGCGUUGCAUGCACUUGGUAGCUAUUGUUCAGAGUGUCUACAAAAUCACCAAUCCCAAUACUUCUUCUCCAUUCUUGAAGAAUAAUCUAUCUUCAGUGCUCACUUCCAAAAUACUCAUCUAAACAGCAAUCAAAAGUUCACCAUCACUCAUAUCCACACACACACACACAGCCAUGGCAUCUGCAACAGCCCCUGGAGAGAACUUUGAAGUUCGUCAGACCUCUUCGACUGAAGAUUGGCACCCCGACCCUUCCAAAUCUAUCCCUCUGUCUCCCGCUCGCCAAGCACUCAUUGACGAUAUAAUUGCUCUGUAUAGCUGCGAGCCUACCAUUGAGCGUGUCAAACGGUACACACCCGAUUGCGUGUAUGAUGACCAGUUUGUGUAUGCCAAUGAUCGGUACAAGAUGGCCGGGCAGUGGUUUGCGCUACCAAAGUUGUUCAAGAAUAGUAAGAACGAGGGGUAUCAGGUCGUGAGAAGCGAUGAUGAGGUGAUCCAAUUCAAGAAUGAACAGUCAUGGACCUUCAAAAUCAUUCCAAAAACCGCCACAAUAAACGCACUGGUGACUUUGUCUCUCGAUCCUGAAACCGUCCACAGCGACUUCAUACGAGUUAAAUAUCACAAAGAUCAAGCAAAUGAUAAAGACUACAGCCAUGAGGGUGUAGGCUUUUCAUUCAAGAAAUGGCAGGCAGAUCAAGUUGCAAAACACAUGAGCAGUGAUGAGGUUGCAGUAUUCAAAGAAGAUAGUACUGCUGGAAAGGAACCAGUUAGGAAAUAUGGCGAUGGUAAGGGCGAAGCCCCAUUGAAAGAUUUGUAGUGCGUAGUUAGGAAUAUACAAAUAACAUUGUAACGUGUCGCUGGUUUAUGUUACCA